GAGCCUCCCAGAGGACAGUUUGAAAGGAAGGAAGGCAGAGAAGGGACCUGGGGGAGAUAGGGGGAGGGUGGAGGGCAGGGGCUGGGAGUGGGCAUCCUGGGUAGGGCGGGUGGCCGAGGCGCGGAGGUAGGGGAGAAUGCGCCUCUCCAAAACUCUGGUCGACAUGGAUAUGGCUGACUACAGUGCCGCGCUGGACCCGGCCUACACCACCCUGGAAUUUGAGAAUGUGCAGGUGUUGAGCAUGGGCAAUGACACAUCCCCAUCAGAAGGCACCAACCUCGCCGCGCCCAACAGCCUGGGUGUCAGUGCCCUGUGUGCCAUCUGCGGAGACCGGGCCACGGGCAAACAUUACGGUGCCUCGAGCUGCGACGGCUGCAAAGGCUUCUUCCGGAGGAGCGUGAGGAAGAACCACAUGUAUUCCUGCAGAUUCAGCCGACAGUGUGUGGUGGACAAAGACAAGAGGAACCAAUGUCGCUACUGCAGGCUCAAGAAGUGCUUCCGGGCUGGCAUGAAGAAGGAAGCCGUCCAAAAUGAGCGGGACCGGAUCAGCACUCGGAGGUCCAGCUACGAGGACAGCAGCCUGCCCUCCAUCAAUGCGCUCCUGCAGGCCGAGGUCCUGUCCCAGCAGAUCACCUCCCCCAUCUCGGGGAUCAACGGCGACAUCCGUGCCAAGAAGAUUGCCAACAUUGCCGACGUCUGCGAGUCCAUGAAGGAGCAGCUGCUGGUGCUGGUGGAGUGGGCCAAGUACAUCCCAGCUUUCUGCGAGCUCCUCCUGGAUGACCAGGUGGCCCUGCUCAGAGCGCAUGCCGGGGAGCACCUGCUGCUUGGAGCCACCAAGAGAUCCAUGGUGUUCAAAGACGUGCUGCUCCUAGGCAAUGACUAUAUCGUCCCUCGGCACUGCCCGGAACUGGCGGAGAUGAGCCGGGUGUCCAUUCGCAUCCUUGAUGAGCUAGUGCUGCCCUUCCAGGAGCUGCAGAUCGAUGACAAUGAGUACGCCUGCCUCAAAGCCAUCAUCUUCUUCGACCCAGAUGCCAAGGGGCUGAGUGACCCCGGCAAGAUCAAGCGGCUGCGUUCCCAGGUGCAGGUGAGCCUGGAGGACUACAUCAACGACCGCCAGUACGACUCACGCGGGCGCUUCGGGGAGCUGCUGCUGCUGCUGCCCACGCUGCAGAGCAUCACCUGGCAGAUGAUCGAGCAGAUCCAGUUCAUCAAGCUCUUCGGCAUGGCCAAGAUUGACAACCUGCUGCAGGAGAUGCUGCUGGGAGGGUCCUCCAGUGAUGCACCCCAUGCCCACCACCCCCUGCACCCUCACCUGAUGCAGGAGCACAUGGGCACCAACGUCAUUGUUGCCAACACGAUGCCCACUCACCUCAGCAACGGACAGAUGUGUGAGUGGCCCCGACCCAGGGGACAGGCAGCUACCCCUGAGACUCCACAGCCCUCACCGCCCGGUGGCUCAGGGUCUGAGCCCUACAAGCUCCUGCCAGGAGCCAUCACCACGAUUGUCAAGCCCCCCUCUGCCAUCCCCCAGCCCACCAUCACCAAGCAAGAAGUCAUCUAGCAAGCCACUGGGAGUCAGGGCUUCUGCUGGCUCACCCCAACCCCCUCAGAGAGUUCCUGGCGACCACUUGAUCACAGCAAUGGAAGGCGUGACAACAGGGCCAGUCCCAGAGCAGCAAUGGAAAGAGCAAAGGACUGAGAAUGUGGGCUGAGGGCCACACUCAUUGCCACCUUUGACCCAAUGCUCUGGCCGACAGAGCUUUAACCUAGAGAGACCCCGGCUGGGGAGUCCUCUGCUGACUUGGAUGACAUUUCUCAUGCUGAAGCCAAACUUCCUUCUCCUUCAUCCAUAUCUACCCCCAAAGAAUACUGUCUGAAGAUAAGAUGGGACCUUGCUUAAACACAGCUCCCCUCCCCCCAGCUGGGACUUCUUCUCCCCUGGGCCUGGGCAUGGCGCCCAGACAUGGAGCCCUGGAAGUCCUCCUCCCUCUUCUGCUGCCCUCACCUCAAAUGCCCCUCUCUGCCCUCUGCUGUCACCUUCCUCAGCUAUCCCAUCUUCUCCAAAGCCACUCUCCAGAGGUGGAGGAAAACUUGAAACCCCUCCCCCAGCCACGCCAGGAACAUCUGGAGGCAUUGACUGGGGCUAGGCAGAGGGCAGGAGACGAUGGAGCAGGAAGACACCAUUCUUCUCCCCCGACCCCACUGCACUUCCCUUCUCCAGAGACUGGCAUGGGUGUUCGGAGCCAUGGUCCCUAUGGGUCUUCAACAAUGAGAGGACAGUCCAAGAUAAGAACUGCCACAGGAACUUGUGGGGAGGGGGCAAGUGGCCAGAGAAGGCAUCCAGCAAGAGGCAGAUGGGCUAUGCACUCGGCCUUUGCAGAAGGGCAGGCUUCUGGCUGGUAGAGCAGGGGAGACAGGAUGCUCCAAGAGAGGCCCAGAGACAGGGAGGGCGGUGUGGGAGAGAGGCACCAAGGUGACUGGGCUCUCUGAGCCAAGAGGGUGUGUUGGGGAGCAUGGGACCUUGAACGCCAGACUGAGGAAGUAGCCUGGAGGGACGGGAGAACUGGGCUGUCAGGAGAUGAACACAGUCUCUUAGCCAGAAGGUGGGGAGGGAGCAGGGAGGUUAGACAGGAGCCCACCAUGCAAUCCAGGUGAGUGCUGAGGCCUCAGAUGGAGAGGAAGGGGCAGGAGAAGCCUCAGGCCAGGGUCUGUGGAGGAGCAAGUACCCUCACUCAGGGCCUAACUCAGGCUCUCCUUACUCCCAGACACUGUCUUAAGGCAUGGGACAUCCAUCCUCUCAUGGAAUCCUCCCUAGGACCUAGAGACUGUUACAGAAGACAAAAUUGAGUUCUAAGAAGUUAAGGGAUGUUUCCCCCCCCCCCCUGAAACUCACACAGCUAGUCAGUAACUAGGUCAAGAUCCAAGUCCCUCUGAAUCAGACUAGGAACCCCCUGCCUUCACUACGAUCAAACUGAGAGAACCCCAAGGCUCAUUCCAGAAGCUCUUCCUAUUCCCAGGAUUCAGGUUGAUUGGAGAAUGAACUGAAAUCCAGCCAGGGCCCAGAAUCCUGUUUGCUGAUAAAUAUUAAGGAGAAUUCAUGACUCCUGACCCCUUUUUGCUCUUUGCUCCCUAAGCUGGGGGAGGGGCAGCAGGGGUCUGGUUUCUGGGGGACAGACAAACCUGUCUUUGGUCUAGGGGUGGAUAGUUGGGGUGAGGAAGAGGGGAGGGAUAAGAAACCCCGGGUUUCAGAUUUUUUUCUCUGAGGAACGUCAUUCGAGAUACGUUCUGGAAACCUUAAAUCCCAGGAUGGAGCAACCAGCACUCUCAGAAUCUUUAUGGCUUUGGGAAGAUUCUGGAAAAUGCCAUUGACUGGUGCGAAUAACAGGGAUGUUGUCCUGGGGCCAAAAGUGUGAUUAGCUAGGAGAGCAAACUAUUUGAUGGAGCCCACCUUCCACCCAAGACUGACCCUUCUGAGUGGAUGGGGAGGAUACUCUCAUGCCCGGAAGUUCCACCAUAUGUGCUUGUUCCUGUUUGCUAGAGAACAUGGAGAAGUAUUGGAGCCAUAUGUUUAAGAGCAAUCUCCACACCUCUGGGGCUGUCAGAAGCCAAGUCCAGAUCAGGAGGGACCAUCUCUUGCUCAGAGCUCUCAUGUCUUCCUCAGUCACCCUCACUCCAGUGCCUCAGAACCCCCAGCCAGCUGGCCCCAACAGGUCUGCACAGGGCAGUGAAGCUGGGAUCAUUCUGGUCAUCUCGGUCAUUCCCACUCUGUUCCUCCCCGCCCGCCAUGUUGCUUAGCCUCUAUCUUGGGAUAAGAAGUUCCCAUGGAAUGGAGUGGGGUCAUGGUAGUCUUUAAUGGUAGCAAUUUGUGGGGAGGGGGUGGGCAGGAGACCCAUCCUUGGCCCCCCAUCCACACUUUUUAAAGGAGAAAUCCAUUCCACAUGACUAACUUUAUUGCAUUGCAGGAAACACAAAAUAAAGACACGUUUACUUUCCUUAUUUUAAGAUGAGGACAGUACAUUGGAAUUCGUUUUUCUGAGUUGUGGUCCUAAAACAUAAAGUCUGAUGGACUCGAGAAGGGUUCAUAGGGGGCAAAUGUGGGCCUAUAAAUUCUCCUCCAAAAUCUCUCUUUCAGGAGGUUCUCAGGAGCUUCUAGAGUCCACACAGCUUUUCUGAGAGCAGACCCAGGAGUGGAGAGAGUUGAAAUGGAGGCUCCCCAAUUUCUUGCAAUGACCAAGCCAGUUCUUUGCUAGAUGUUCCUGUGAUCUGCCCCAAUUAAGAUAAAUUGUGAAGUUCACAUCUAGCAAUUCUGGAAGUGGGCUGGAUCCCAUCAGAGUGAUCUGCAUCUUCCUGUAGGUGUAUGGAUGUCCUUAGGUCCUACGCUGAUCCCCAAGUCCCUGUCACUGCUGCCUGAUGGGGCAAAGAAGCAAAAAAACAUUUCUUACUCUUGUGUGUUUUAACAAAAGUUUAUAAAACAAAAUAAAUGGCACAUAUGUUUUCUAA